AUGGAUGAAGCUGAAGAAGAAGAAGCUCCUGUUGAGAUCAAAAAGAAGAAAAAGAACUCUGAUGAAGAUGAUGAUCUUGAAGGAAAGUAUUUAGAAAAGAUUUUAAAUGAUCCAAAAUCAAAAGAUAAUGAAGAACAAAAGGAAGAUGAAGAGUCUAAAUAUGAAGCUGAUAGUGAUUCUGAAGAUGAAGAAGAAGCAAAACUUGCCGCAAAAUCUUCAGAAGCUAAAUCAAUUGAUUUCAAAGAAAAAGAAGUUGAGAAAGCUCAAAGAACAAUUUUUAUAGGGAAUAUGGCUUCCUCUGUUAUCACUUCUAAGAAAGACUAUAAAGAAUUGAAAAAAUUCUUCACAACUUUUGGUCCAAUAGAGUCUAUAAGAUUUAGAUCAAUCUCCUUUAAUGAACCAAUACCUAGAAAAGCUGCAUUUGUUAAACAAAAAUUACACGAAUCAAGAGAUUCUCUAAAUGCAUACAUCGUCUUCAAAACUCAACAGGAUGCUAGAAAAGCAUUAGAAGCUAAUGGUAAAGUGCUAUUCAAUUUACAUUUAAGAGUUGACUCUGUUUCACAUCCUGCUAAAAUUGAUAACAAAAGAACAAUUUUCGUUGGUAAUUUAGAUUUUGAAGAAAAAGAAGAAGAAUUAUGGAACAUCUUUGGUGAAUGUGGUGAAAUUGAUUCUGUUCGUAUUGUUCGUGACUCUGCUACCAACAUGGGUAAAGGUUUUGGUUACGUUCAGUUCAAAGAUUUCACUUCAGUUUCUAAAGCUUUAUUAUUACAUGAAAAGAAAUUAGGUGCUAAAAAGAGAAAACUAAGAAUAACAAGAUCAAAGCGUGUUAAACCAAAUCAACAAAACAACAACAAUAAUAAUAAGCAUAACAAUAACAACAAACAGAGAGCACUCAAGAACUUAACAGACGAUCAAAAGACUAAAUUAGGUAGAGCUCAAAGAGUCCUUGGUAAAGCUGAUCGUUCUCAAGCCGGUAAAAUUAUUGAAGGGCAAAGAGCCCAAAAGGGUGACCGUGUUGCUGGUGUCAAGCAUGGUAAGAACCGUGUUAAGAAGCCAAGAAUCAGACAAAGAUCCACUGAUUUCAAAAACAAUCGUAAAUAG